AUGUUUCGAUAUUAUCGUCGAUUGGUUUUAAUUGGAUAUUUAAUCCUCGUGGUGUUAUUUAUUCGUUAUUUAACUUCAAAACCAAGUCAACGGAAAUUCCAACAGAAUAAAUAUUGUCAAAACAAGAAUCUUCGAAUUGAUGAAGAAUUUUAUUCCAAUUUAGUUUAUAUUCCAUCGUUAAAUGUUCUUUUCUGUGAUGUUCCAAAAGCUGCAUCAACAAAUCUUCGACGUCUUCUCAUUGGACAUCUCAAUCAAUCAGAAUCGUAUGUUAAUCUCGAUCGAAAAAAGAUUUGGAUCGAUUAUGAGAAGUUUUUUCAACAAUUUUAUUUAACAAAAACAACAUUUCAUCAAUUAUUUCACAAAUCCAACAAAAAUCUUUUUAAAUUUCUCAUUGCUCGUCAUCCAUUUCAACGCAUUUACUCAGUUUAUUACGAUAAAUUUGUGAAUAAUCAUCUGGAUGACACUUUAUUCGGUUGGAAACAAUUAGAAGAAGAUAUUCUAUUGGAAAUCAAUAAAAAUUACACAUUAAUAACAAUCCGAAGAUAUGACAUUCGAUUAGAUUUACGAACAUUUCUUUUGUAUAUUGUUGAUUCGAUACGAAAACAUCGGUUAAUCAAUAGUCAUUGGGAGCAAAUUGUGCGGCGAUGUGCUGUUUGUUGGAUCGAUUAUGAUUUCUUCGGCAAAAUUGAAAAUUUUCAUAAUGAUGGCAAAAUUUUAUUAAAAAAAUUCAAUGAAAAUGCCAAACAAAUUCAACGAGAAUUUCCUUCAAAAGAACUUGACAAAAAACAAACGAAACAAAUUCAACUGAAUAAUUCACAAUUAUUUCAACUUUUCAGAGAAAAUAUUCAAAAUGACGAUGAUUUCAAAGUUCUAGUUGAUUACUAUACACCAGAUUUUCAAAUAUUCAACUACUCACUGUCAAAUUUCUAG